AUGAACAAAAACGGAACAGCUAAAAUGAAUGAUAAUCAAAUUAGAGCAGAAGGUAGAAGGUUAUUUAAACGCUUCUAUAACAUUCCUGAUGGUGUUAAUCCUAAAACUCGUAGAAGCUAUUUAAAUGAAGCCAUAGAUGCGUAUGAAGGAUUUAACAUUUCAUCAGAAAGUGAGAGGUUAGCAAGAAUGUUAAACGUUAAUAUUGAUUUCUAUUAUUGUGACCCUCAACCAGAAGACGUAGACAUUAACAAGGUUGACUUCCCAUUAGUGGAAACAAUAAUGAUAGAUCCAGAAUUUGAAACAGUAAAUAUUUUAUUAACACAGAGUCCAUGUGGAAAACUUCACGCUGACAGAAUAACAAACGUUGAAGCACUCACCGGCUAUAAAGUUUGCCCAUAUUGUAAAGAAGAAGUAUAUUCUAUCCGUGAUGAUCCAGAAAGGAAAAACCAAAGAAGAUUUUUAAAACAUUGUGAGAAAUGUAAAGAAAAUAAUGGAAGAUUAAUUCAAGACGUUCAAUUGCAAAAGACACAACAACCAUAUGCACCACAUAUCACGAAACAGAAGAUAUAUCAAUGGUUAUUAGCACAUAAUUUGCAGGAAUAUUAUAAACCAACAAGAUAUUAUAUUACUUUUGACUUCGAAACAUUAGAGACUAAAGAAGAACUUCAACUUUCUGAGUGUGCAACUUUGAACGCUUACUUAAAACCAUUUAUGGUAUCAUCAACUGUUAAAAUAAAGCCGCUUUGCGGCGAGGUCGUAGACCACGAUAAAACAUUUACGAGGAAUUUUUGCUUAACAUCAAGUGAUUCGUUCAUCUCUGAUUGGAUUGAAUUUUUAUUUUCAACCUGUUCAUUAGUUGCUAAAUCAAAUAUUGAACAAUAUGAAGAAUUAUUGAAGCAGCAAACGGACUCUUUAAGUCCUGAAGGUCUUUCAGACCAAACAUUAAAUGAAAAACAGAAGGAAGCAUUUAAAGAGCUUUUAGAUGAAGAAUUUAAUAAAGUGAAUAUCAUUGGUUUUAAUUCGGGAAAGUUUGAUUUAAAUUUAAUUCUUCGUGAUUUAAAUACUGCAAAAUGGAAGAUAAAAUCAAUGCUGGGUUCUUCUUCUCAAUUUAAGCAAGUCAUAGUAAAGAAAACAAACUAUCCAUAUGAAUUGAGAUUUAUUGACAUCAGAAAUUAUAUAGCGGGUGGAACAUUAGACCAAUUCACUCAAGAUUUCGGAAACAAUAAAUCACGUGUUAAAUCCUUUUUCCCAUAUCAAUUCAUCACAUGGGAGAAUUACGAAGAAGAAUUAUAUAAAAAGGAACCAUUCACUCAAGAUUCAUUUUAUUCAGCAUUAACACAAGAAACAAUAUCCGAUUCAGAUUAUCAAAUAUAUCUCAAU